AUGACUUCUAAUCCAUCAAAAUUCCAUUCAUCAUCCCCACAAUUUCAAUACCACACCUUACUUACAAAUUAUGCCUUUAAAAUUGUAUUAAAAGAGCUUACUUAUUCAAAUUAAAUUUGCUUUAAAAAGAUAGAUGAUAUUAAUUUUAUUAUUGAUAAAGAAAUUUAUGAGAUUACAUUAAUCCAUUGCAGCUGUGGAUCUAUUGAAUCUAUGUUUUUACCAUGCCGACAUAUAUUUGCUAGGAGGGCCAGUGAAAACAUAGAUCUAUAUGAUGAAAAUUUAUGCCAUGCAAGAUGGAAAAAAUCUUAUUCUAAAACGAUAGAUAAUUUUAAUGAAGAUGGUGGUAACGAUAAGAAUAUUGUGAUUGUUCCAUAUAUUCCAAAGAUAAAAAAUUUGACAUCAAGUCAAAAAUACAAUAAUAAUAAAAAAGCAUUAAAUGAUAUCCCAGGAAUUGUUUGUGAUAGGGCUCAGAAUUAUUAUGAAACAAUUCUCCAACAAAUCAAUUUAUUUAAAAAGAUUUUAUAUGAUAAUGAAAUCCCAAAGAUUAAUAUAUAUAUCAAUUUUACAUUUAUUAAUCAUAUAUUAUAGGUCCAGCUAGUAUAUUUUGUGUUUUAAUUUUUAUUAAAUAUAAAAUACAUUAGCAAUCAAAUUAUCUUCAUCUCAAAUUAUUUCAAAAAAUAUGUUAGGCACUCAAAUAUAACAAAAAAAUAGCAACAAACUUAUAUUCCCAAUAUCAUUUUCAAAAUAUACCUAAAAAUUUAGGCCCUCAGUCGAAAACUAUUCCAGCUAUUAGCAAAUUUUGAAAAUGAUAUUAUAAUAUACAUGUAUUUUAAAAAAAGAUUUUUCCCAAGCUAAUCAAAAUAUGACUGAAACAAUUAACCUACCAGCUUCCAAUACAGAAAACACUCAACUAUGUGCAAUCAAAUUAUCUUCAUCUCAAAUUAUUUCAAAAAUAUGUUAGGCACUCAAGUUAAGAUACCAGAGACAACAAACUUAUAUUCCCAAUAUCAUUUUCAAAAUAUACCUAAAAAUUUAGGCCCUCAGUCAAUAACUAUUCCAGCUACAAUCAAAUUAUCCUCAUCUCAAAUUAUUUCAAAAAAUAUGUUAGGCACUCAAGUUAAGAUACCAGAGAGCCUGUCAAAAACUAUUCCAGCUACUUUCGAAUUCUCUUCAUCUCAAAAUAUUUCAAAAAAUAUCUUAGGCACUCAAAUUAAGCUACCAAAUACAACCAAAACUUUAGACUACACUGGAUAUUCUCUUCAAAAUUUUUUUAGGAAACCAUAAAUAAAACAGAACCAAAUACAAUCUAAUAGAGCUUUCAGAAAACAAUACAAUCAAGAUUUCAAAAACCUAAUAAAAAGCAAUUUAUAUUGUAUUCUAUUAUAAAUUUUAUUUCUGUAUAUAUAUU